AUUCUCUGCGUGGCUUAAUACGAAAUUUGCUGACUAUGUCUAAGCUAAUUGAACUGAAGCAAGAUGGUGAUUUGGAAAACUUGUUAGAGGAAAAUAAGACAAAGUUGGUUGUUGUUGAUUUCUUUGCUACUUGGUGCGGCCCAUGUAAAACCAUAGCUCCUCUGUUCAAAGAAUUGAGUGAGAAGUAUGACGCGGUCUUUGUGAAAGUCGAUGUCGACAAACUUGAAGAGACCGCCAGAUCCCAUAAUGUCUCAGCUAUGCCAACGUUUAUAGCAUUAAAAAAUGGUGAAAAAGUUGGUGAGGUUGUUGGAGCUUCUAUUGCUAAAGUUGAGGAUAUGAUCAAGAAACAUAUUUAAUUUCUGUAUUCUGGUAUUAAUAUACAUUUAAGUAUGCGUUUAUAAAUGUGUAUGUAUGAACGUUUUCAUUUAAAAUAAAUUAUACUCUUACA